AUGACGAUGCUGCUUGUCAACAAUCCUCAAGAAGUGCAAUCCCACGCAUACUACAUGAGUUACCGAACACCAUCAGCACCUACUGUCCUGAACAUCCUCAGUAUGCCGCCGCAACACAACCAGCACCACCACCAGCAAACGUCCAUGAGCUCGCCGGCUUAUGACAACGAGGUUGCACAAGCUUUGGAAAUCGCGCGUGAGAGCCCUGACGGCGCAAAGGAUCCAACUGUCAGCAACAUUUUAGAAACAGCUCUGGCUCAAAUCUGGGCGAAAGUACAAGCGAAGCCCAACUCAUAUGUCAUGACGCGGGACGAAUUUGCUGUCUUCAACUAUUUCCAGCACCGCUUCCAGAGCAACGAGACUGCGGACUCUGCACGUAGAAGAUACUGGGACAACACGAAGGGAGCCUAA